AUGAAGUCUGUAGACAAAUCAAAGAAGAUUUUCGCAGUUGAAGACGGUGACGAAUUUGUACCAGAUAUAUCUGAUGUGUUAGCCGUUUUACCAAAUCCGUCAAUAAAACAAAGUGAUGAUCUACCGGUUUUAAGGCUUUCGGCUAGCCUUCUACCGUACAAUGCUCAGUUUCUAUCGCUUCUUACCGCACAAGGUUCGACCAAAGAAUACGGAGUUACAAGUAGAAGAGCCACUCCCUUGAAAAACCAGAUUCUGCCAGGGUGGCUAAGAUGCAGACCUGUUUCCCGAGCCAUGCAGAUGGUUCUCAUGACGAAAAACACUCCUCUAGGAGAUAAAUACAGUUCAGAAUACGGAUAUGGAUUUAACCAUAGAUAA